AUGGUGAAGAAGAAGAAUCCUGCCGUCGCCACCAGUUCCACCAGCGGAGGCGCCACCGCCAAGUCCUCCUCUUCUCUUUCGAAGAUCCCCAUAGCUUCUAGAAAUAUGCAUGAUUCGCCGGAUGAUACUUCUGAGGGGAGAGGCUCCUCAAUCCCCGUAGAUUUUCACACUGUCGAGCACACAGGCCUAGAGGACGAAUAUAAUGGUCCGAUAGAUUUUGAAGUUGCACACAUCGACCUUCCUUCCUCAGCCGAUGAUGCUCGUGACGCAGAUGGAUCAGUGCGUAAUGACGACGCUGAUCAUGAUGCCUUUGUUGAUGCAGCUGCGGAGGAGGCCAGGUCUUCACCUGCGAAGAGAUCAACCGGCGGCUUUGCCGAUGAAGAUGAUCUCUUCGACAUUGACGAAGGCUUUAUCGAGCCUCCGUCUAAAAAAGCCAAAUCUGAUGCUGCCCCGCCGGUCGUAGUGGCUUCCGAAGCUUCGGCUCCUAAGGCUGCCCCUGUGGCUCAAGCAUCGACAGCUUCUUCCCUUUCCAAGGGGAAAGAUGUUCCUUCAACUGCUGCCGCCGUGACUCCUCCUUCUUCAUAG